AUGCAAUGUAAUAAUGAAUUAGGUUUUAUUGUUUCAUCAGAAUUAAUUGAAGCCAUCCAAGAACCAGCACCAUCAAUAGCAGCAACAACAGCACCAACUCCAGACAAACAAGAAAUUAUAAUCGAGAUGUUGGCAAAAUUCAUGCAGAGCCAAGAUACCAUCAACAAUAACCAAGUUGCCAUCAACAAUAAAUUGCUUAACUUGAUGGAACAAUUUAAUGAUAAAUUAGGUAAAUUAAUUAACUUGAUGCAAAACGACGUUAAAUUAAGUCCAAAUAAAGAAACACAGCAAACACAUGCAGCUUCUACCGACGAUCAAAUUGAAAUUUCUAUUGACAAUGAAACAAAAUCAAAACUUCAUGGUGUUCAACAAUAUUACGUUACUUUAAAUAAUGAUGAUAAAAAAAAAGAAUUAUUUCGUUUACUGAAUGUUUUACCAUUCAAACAAGCUGUUAUUUUUCGUAAAUCUGUAUCAAGUUGCAAACGUUUAUGCAAAUCAUUGAAUGAAAAUAAUUUGCCUGCUAUUGAAAUUCAUCCUGGUAUACCAAAAAACGAACGUUUGGCACAUUAUAAAAAAUUUAAAGAAGGUCAAACACGUAUUGUCGUUGCAACAAAAUUAUUUGAAUGUGGUAUGAAUGUUGCACGUGCUAAUAUUGUAUUUAAUUAUGAUAUGCCAGAAAAUACAGAUACUUAUCUUGAACGAAUGGCUCGUGAUGGUGAAGUUGGUGCAAAAUGUUUGGUAAUAACAUUUGUUGCAGAUGGAAGUGAUGCAAAAAUUCUUAAUGAAGUUCAAAGUCGUUUUGCAGUACAAAUUGCUGAAAUGCCUGAUGAAGUUGAUAUGAUUACAUACAUGGAAAAUGAACUGGCUGGUCAAUUUGGUCUUAUCUAUGUGCAUUUAUCUUAUCUAUGA